AUCGACAAAACCACGACGCAGAUCUUGAUAUCGUAAACCCUAGAAAUCGAGAAAAUCACUGCUGUUUGAUCUGAUCAGAAGCUGCAAGGUUUCGCUUGGAGGAAGUGAUGGUCUGGGAUGACCAUCGGUUUCUUAAUUGUGUUGUUAUGAGGUCUUAAUUGUUGUGUGAAUCUUGGUUGGAAGUAUGAACAUAGUGAAGGGGGUCGCAGACCUUCUUCGAAGGACGUCUAGUGGCCAAACCGGCGAAUCCAAUUCGGGUUCGCAAGCUGAUAGGUUCUCUCCUCCUGCUCCAAGGAUCCGCUUCAGUGAAAUAGGUGAUGAGGCAGUGUUGAACACGUUGUGGGGGAGAUAUGAAAAUGCUGUUGACAAGGUUGAAAAGAGAAAGAUGUUUCAUGUUUUCCUGAAGCAAUUCUUGAUGGUAUUCAAUAACUGGAAACCUGUUAAUGGGGGCCAGCUCCCUGAGGGUGAUUCAGCAACUGUUCGAUCAACAGAGUAUUUAUCAGUUUUUGGGUGCUUUGCUGGACAUCCCGCUGAAGUCAUUUUGGUACUGAUUGAAGAGGUCACACAACUAACUACUUUGGUCUCUGAGUUGAAUACUAGUGUGAUGCGCACAACAACAGACUUGCAAUUGGCUUCCAUAAGUUUGAUCAUCACUUCUGAGGGGUUGCCUGUUUUGGAAGCUUUGACAAUUAUUAUUCGGUCAAUGUAUAAUUGCAGAGUUUUUGGCUAUUAUGGUGGAGUUCAGAAACUCACAGCAUUAAUGAAAGGGGCAGUUGUCCAACUCAAAACAAUGGCUGUUUCACUUUCCACAGAUGAAAACUUGUCUAAUGUAAUAUCAGACAGUAUUGGACUAUUGCAUCGAGUCCUUGUGCAUGUGGUGUCUAUAAUAUGUAGCUUUAUUGAUUUAAAUUCAGAUGUAUAUGAGAAGGCUCAGUUGUACAGUAAUACCAUGGAAUUUUCUGUAACCUGUGGUGCACCUUCAGUUGACUCAUCUAGAAGUGUAAAGGAUCCUUUUUCUGAAACAUGGCUGCAUUGGCAUCAGAAGGCAGUUCUCUCAGUGAUGGAAGCUGGUGGGCUUAAUUGGUUAGUAGAACUGUUGCGAGUCAUCAGACGGUUGAGUAUGAAAGAACAGUGGAUUGACUUGUCACUUCAGUACUUGACUUUGAGAACCCUUCUUGUAGCAUUGUCUGCUAAUCCACGUGGUCAAAAUCAUUUUAAAAGUAUAGGGGGGCUUGAAGUUCUAUUGGAUGGACUUGCACUUCCAUCAAUUAAAGUUGUUAUGAAGAAUCUGUCUCAUUUUGAUAUUGGCAGAGAUGAAAACCCUUUGCUGAAAAUUUUCCAGCUCCAUGUUCUUUCUUUGGAAGUUCUUAGGGAGGCUGUGUAUCCUACAGAUCAGUUCUCUUGCAUGCCUACUUGUACAUUUUUCUGCAACUUAUACAGCUUUGGGAAUUUGAAUAACCUGCAGUUCCUAUGUGAAAAUGGAAGAGUUCAUAAAUUUGCUAAUAGCUUUUGUUCACCUGCUUUCAUGCUUCAAGAGUACAAGCAACAGAUGAAGGAUGAUACUGAAAUGUCCAUUUUUGACUUCAAAUUUGAAAAUAAUGUUGACAAUCAUAUGGCAGAGAGCUCUAUUGUAUGUCCUAAUAAUUCUUCUAAUGCUCGCCAAUGGAAUGAUAUUGUUGUCCAGUUGAGCAGAGUACUUUGUUCCUUCCUCUGUGAACCAGAAGAUGCUAAAUCUUGUCUUGGUCAAGUUACUAAUAGUCGAAUUCCUGUCGCAAUUUCUUCUGUGCAUGUUGAACUUUCAAUUAGAUGGGUCAUGAGGGUUCUUCUUACAGUUUUCCCAUGCAUUAAGGCAUGCUCGUAUCAAAAUGAAAUGCCAAACUAUUUAAGGGUGUUUGUCAGUACCCUGCAGCACUUUGUUCUCAGUGCUUUCAGAAAGGCUCUUGUUUCAGCACCUGCAUUGCUUGAAGUGUUCCGCAAAGAAGGGGUAUGGGACCUUGUCUUCUCCGAGAAUGUUUUCUAUUUUGGACCAGAUUCAGAUGAACAAACUGAAGAGUGUUGUCCAUUUGAAGACAGCUCUGCUAAUAGUAAUAAGCUUGAAAAACAUUCUUUGGUUGGCAUCACUGGUCAAAGAAAAUCUAGUGGGGUUGAAGUUCUUCAGAUGGAAGUGAUUUCAUUGGUGGAACUAGCUGCAACUUGUAAUGGAAGUGCUCAUAACUUGCCUGAAUGUUCUGCUUUGUUAGAUUCCCUAGAACAAUCUGCUUGUAAUCCUGAGAUUGCUAACAUUCUUGCAAAAAGUCUGCUUCGAGUAUUACAACUUUCAGCUGAGAAAACUACUGCAUCCUUCAAGGCGCUUAAUGCAGUUUCCCGGGCACUUAAAGUUGCUUGCAUUCAAGCCCAAGAAUCUAGAAGGCUUGGAUAUAAAAGCCCUGCUUUUGAGAGAGAUCAUGAGGUGGUUCCACCUCAUAGCCAUCAGGGAUCUGAUUCAUGCGAGAUAAGCCAGAGUUGGCAUAAAUGCAUGAAAGCAUGUAUUGAGCUCUUUAUGGAAUUUUGCUCAAUGGCUGAUGAUGCAAGACAUUUGGUUCUGCAUGACUCUACUUGUGUUGAUUGUUUGUUUGAUUUGUUUUGGGAGGAAGGUUUGAGAAAUGUUGUGCUUGCGAACAUUCUUGACCUUUUGAAGAUCACACCACUAUCUGAAGAAGAUCAAAAAGCAAAAUUGCAAUUAUGUUCAAAAUAUUUAGAAACAUUCACUAGAAUGAAGGAUCUUGGAAAAAACUUUGUUGUAUUGUCUGUUGAUCUAUUGGCUGGAAUGAGAAAUAUGCUCCAAACUGAUCCAGUGCAUUACCAGGCUUUAUUUCGUGAUGGGGAAUGCUUUCUGCAUGUUGUGUCUUUACUAAAUGGUAAUCUUGAUGAGUCAAAUGGGGAGAAGUUGGUAUUGAAUGUCCUUCAAACUCUUACUUGUCUGCUCGCUGGAAAUGAUGCCUCAAAGGCUGCAUUUAGAGCUCUAGUUGGAAAGGGUUAUCAGACAUUACAGAGUCUGCUGUUGGACUUCUGCCAGUGGUGUCCAAGUGAAGCACUUUUAGGCGCACUUCUUGAUAUGCUUGUUGAUGGAAAGUUUGAGAUAAAAGGAAGUCCUCGUAUAAAGAAUGAAGAUGUGAUCAUACUCUACUUGAGCGUUCUACAGAAGAGCAGUGAGUCAUUGCAGCAUCAUGGGCUCAAUGUGAUUCUGCAACUGCUUAGGGAUUCCCUCUGUAACCAAGCUUCAUGCGUCAGGGCCGGAAUGCUCAGUUUUCUUCUUGAUUGGUUUGUGCAAGAAGCUAAUGAUGGUGUUAUUUUGAAAAUCACCCAACUUAUUCAGGUCAUUGGUGGGCAUAGCAUAUCUGGAAAGGACAUUCGCAAAAUCUUCUCUCUCCUCCGAAGUGAAAAAGAGGAGACUCGGCAUAAGUACCACUCAUUAUUGUUAACCAGUGUCUUGGCAAUGCUAAAUGAAAAGGGACCAACUACCUUCUUUGAUCUCAACGGAAAUGACUCUGGCAUCAUGAUCAAAACGCCCCUGCAGUGGCCUCUCAAUAAAGGUUUUUCUUUUUCAUGUUGGCUUAGGGUAGAAAACUUCCCUGGCACUGGGACAAUGGGCCUUUUCAAAUUUCUUGGAGAAAAUGGAAGGGGGUGCUUAGCAGUGCUUUCUAAGGACAAGCUUAUUUAUGGGUCAAUCAAUCUGAAGCGUCAGUGUGUUCAGAUGAAUGUUAAUCUUGUGAAGAAGAGAUGGCAUUUCCUUUGUAUUACACAUAGUAUUGGAAGACCAUUUUCUGGGGGUAGCCUUUUGAGGUGUUACAUUGACGGUGAUCUUGUAUCUUCAGAAAGAUGCAGAUAUGCAAAAGUUAAUGAAUUAUUGACAAGCUGCUCCAUUGGCACAGAAGUUAUUUUGCCUCAGAAUGAAGGAGAUAACGCUCUGGAUCACAUUCAAGAUUCAUUUCCUUUUUUAGGUCAGAUUGGUCCUGUGUAUUUGUUUAGCGAUGCCCUUUCUUCUGAGCAAGUGCACUCAGUGUAUUCCCUGGGACCAAGCUAUAUGUACUCUUUCCUUGAUAAUGAAGUCACACCUUUCUCUGAUAACCCAUUGCCUGGUGGAAUUCUUGAUGCUAAAGAUGGUCUUGCGUCCAAAAUUAUAUUUGGAAUCAAUGCACAGGCAAGUGAUGGCAGAAAAUUGUUUAAUGUCUCUCCAGUACUGGAUCAUACGUUGGAUAAGAAUUCAUUUGAGGCAACUAUAUUGGUUGGUACACAGUUAUGUUCUAGACGCUUGCUCCAACAGAUAAUUUACUGUGUUGGUGGUGUAUCAGUGUUUUUCCCUCUUAUCACUCAGUCUGAUAGAUAUGAAGAUGAAGAAAGUGAAGUUUCUGAAAACACACUGAUUAUGCCUAUCAGUAAAGAGCGCAUGACGGCUGAGGCUAUUGAGCUAAUAGCUUCUAUCUUGGACGAGAAUUUAGCAAAUCAACAACAAAUGCAUCUUCUUUCUGGAUUUUCAAUACUGGGAUUUCUAUUGCAGUCAGUUCCACCCAAGCAACUGAAUUUGGAAACACUUUCAGCAUUGAAGCAUUUGUUUAAUGUUGUGGUGAACUGUGGUUUGUCAGAGUUGUUGGUGAAAGAUGCUAUGUCUGGCAUUUUUCUCAAUCCCCUAAUCUGGCUUUACACAGUUUACGAGGUGCAACGAGAUCUGUACAUGUUUCUUGUCCAACAGUUUGAUAAUGAUUCAAGAUUGCUGAAGAGUCUAUGCCAGCUCCCACAUGUUAUUGAUAUAAUACGGCAGUUCUACUGGGAUAAUGCAAAAUCUAGGUUUGCAAUUGGAGGCAAGCCUCUUCUACAUCCUGUUACCAAACAAGUUGUUGGAGAAAGACCCAGUAGAGAAGAAAUACGUAAAGUCCGCCUUCUUUUGUUAAGUCUUGGUGAAAUGAGUCUCAGGCAAAACAUUGCACCAGCAGAUAUAAAAGCUCUUGUAGCCUUCUUUGAAACAAGCCAAGAUACAACAUGCAUUGAGGAUGUACUACAUAUGGUCAUUCGUGCUGUUUCUGAAAAGUCAUUUCUUGCUCCCUUCCUUGAACAAGUUAAUCUGCUUGGCGGCUGUCACAUAUUUGUGAAUCUUCUACAGAGGGAAUAUGAACCUAUCAGAUUGCUUAGCUUGCAAUUCCUUGGAAGACUUUUGGUUGGUUUUCCAUCUGAGAAGAAGGGCUCGAGAUUUUUCAAUCUUGCUGUUGGAAAGUCUAAAUCCAUUUUAGAAAAUAACAGGGGAAUUAGUUCAAGGAUGCCAGCAAUCUUCUCAGCUAUAUCUGAUCGGUUGUUUAAAUUCCCACAAACAGAUAAUGUGUGUGCUGCCUUGUUUGAUGUUCUUCUAGGUGGUGCCAGCCCCAAACAGGUAUUACAGAAACACAAUCAGGCUGAUAAGCGGAGAAGUAAAGGAAAUAGUUCUCACUUUUUCCUUCCCCAGAUUUUAGUUGUUAUUUUCAAAUUUUUGUCUGGCUGUGAGGAUGCCUCUGCGAGAAUGAAAGUUAUCAGUGAUUUACUCGAUCUUCUUGAUUCAAAUCCUUUGAAUAUUGAAGCUCUGAUGGAAUAUGGAUGGAAUGCUUGGCUAGCAGUUUCUGUAAAGCUGGACGUGGUAAAGGAGUACAGGCUUGAGUCAAGAAAUCCAAGUGACAGUGAAAUAAAUGAGCAAAAAUAUGUGAGGAGCUUUUUCUCUGUUGUGCUUUGUCACUACAUUCAUUGCAUAAAAGGUGGUUGGCAGCAGUUAGAAGAUACAGUAAAUUUCCUGCUUCUGCACUGUGAACAAGGUGACAUAGCUUAUCGGUACUUUCUUCGAGAUAUAUUUGACGACUUGAUUGGGAGGCUGCUGGGCUUGUCUUCUGAGGAGAAUAUUUUUAUUUCACAACCCUGUCGGGAUAAUACAUUAUAUCUCCUGCGGCUGGUUGAUGAAAUGCUCAUUUCUGAAAUUGACAACAAAAUUCUGUUUCCAGCUAAUAUCACUGAAUUUUCUCUGGAUUCUUUGGAGGAAGAAAGUCAGAAAGAUUAUAAUUCUGUGUUAUAUGAGGUCUUGCAAGGAGAAUUUGAUGAGAUAAUACCAAGGUAGGGCCAACUUGAUAUUCAUUCCUUUUUUUUCCUGAAACUGAUAUUGAACUUUAUAUCUAAUAUGUCUUAUCUGUUUAUGCAUCAACUUGUUUGGCAUAAAAUCUGGUGGAGUAAAAUAUUAAAUAAAAAUUCUUGGGGCUU